AUGACGAGUGCUCCUGUCACACCACCCCUUUCUUCACCAACCUCUAGAGGUUCAAAACGAAAACCGGACUCGGAGUCCCUUUCCAAUGGUUCCAUAAACUCCUUUCGCCACCCCCUAUUUGCAGCCUCCGCCCCGUCAUGCCCUACACAACGUCACCAUGCUACACCUGCCACAAUACUAGAAUGUGAUGAAUCUGAUGCUUCCACAGUGGACUCUGGUCGUUGGGUCAGUUUCCAGACAGUUCCACCCCAAGCGGCUUCUCCUUCACCUACAUUUAAUCUAAUGAAACCAGUGGCCCAACAGAGCUGUCUCCAAGAUGGGGUUGAUGUGCAUGAAGGCUUAGACUGGGGAACUGCAGCAAAGAGAGGGAGAGGCGCACAGUUUGAGUUCGAGAGUGGCAGAGUAAAGGCAUGGGAGGGUGAGAGAAUUCAUGAGGUAGGGAUGGAGGAUCUGGAGCUUACACUGGGGAGUGGGAAGACCCGUGGUGAGGCAUCAGGCUGAUGAUCAUAUCUUGCUUGAGAAUGUAUAAACUGGAGGCAAGAAUUCACCAUGUAUGUGGGUUGAGCUGUGCAUUCUCAAUGGUACUCCGUUUUCUUAGCCGGCUGAGCGGCAUUCCUUGGGGCCUCA